UGUUAUGUGUCUGAGAUCACAUUUGAACUCAGGUCCUCCUGACUUCAGGGCUAGUGCUCUAUCCACUGUACCACCUAAUUGCCCCUAGAUUCAUAUUUUUAAAUCAUUUGUUCUCCCAAUGCUUUCUUUCCUCACUUUCACCUCCUGGCUUUUCUGGCUUCCUUCAAAACUCAAUUAAAAUUUCACCUGCUAUAAGAAGCCUUUACUAGUCUAUUACCUCUUCCUCCCUCUUCUAUUAUUUUGCUUACAUUGUAUUGUAUUGUAUGUACAUAGUUACUAGCAUGUCAUCUAUCCAUUAGAUUAUGACAGCCUUUCUCCUCCCCUCUCAGGCUCUACUCUCUCCCCUCCAGCUUCUAAAAUAAUUUCCCCAAAGCAUUGUCUGACGACUUUACUCCACUGAUCAAGAAUGUUUAGUAACUAAUUUCCCUUUGGCUCAAGGAUAAAAAGCAAACUCCACAGUUUAGACUUGAAAGUAAAGUCCUUCACAAUCUGGCUUCUGUGUACCUUUUCAGGAUGAUUUCAUAUCACUCUUCCUCAUAUAUUGGUUAUGUUUCAGACAACCUAGUCUAUUUGCUGUUCCUCAGAAUUCUGGACUGUUUUCACUUUUUUCUUAGAACCCUUGAGUUCCUUAAAGAUUCAGAUUAUAUGCAACCAGCAUUUCCUGCUCCUGUUCUACCUCCUCUCCACCUGUCUUCCCUUCAUCCCCAAACAUAUUCUUGCUCUUCAAAUUAUCAUCUAUAUCUAUAUUUAUAUCUAUAGCUAUUGGAUAACUUGCUAUUGGAGAGGAGGAGGGAGAGAGAAAAACAUUUGGAACACAAAGUUUUGCUUGGAUAGAUGUUGAAAACUAUACACGUGUUUUGAAAAUAAAAAAGCUUUAAAAAAACCCCAAAUUAUCAUGUAUAUAUUUAAUCUGGUUAAUUUUGCAUUUUCCACAAUAGAAUGCCUUGAAGGCAGGGACUCUUUUUGUAUUUUAUCUUUUUUUUUUUUUUUUUUUGUCAGAGGCAAGCACUGUGGCCUUGCAGAUAGCAGGAUCUUAAAUAUUUGUUGGGCUGGAUACCUCACUUAAGACAAAGCUGAGAAUGAAUCAAAAAACAUGCAGCAUGAGUGUUAUCCUAUACAAUCCUUUCCCCUCCACUCCCCACCCCCAGUUCUUUGUCUAUGGAAAUAUUUAUGUUUAUAGUUAUUGGUCAUAUUUAAUUUUUUUUGUUUUGGCUGAGACAAUGGGGUUAAGUGACAUGCCCAGGGUCACACAGCUAGGAAGUGUUAAGUGUCUGAGGCUAGAUUUGAACUCAGGUCCUCCUGACUUCAGGGCUGGUGCUCUAACCAUUGUGCAACUAGUUGUCCCUAGAAAAUAAUUUUUAAAAAGAAAAGUGAAUCUUCACACCGAAAGUUUUAAUGACAAUUCUUGAAAUUAAAAGUAUUGUUUAUUUCUAUAGCAAAAUUCAUAAUGUAGGUCUUCAUGAAUUGUGAACAUCCUUGAGAACAAUGGAAAUUUUAUUUCUAAUCUACUACAAAACUUUGCAUGUAGCAUGCUUUCAGAAAUGUUUGCUGAAUGGGGGGAUCAAGUCUUCUGAUUCCAGGUCUAGCCAGGGUUCUUUCCACUACACUUUGUUCUCAAACAUUUAUCACAAAGUGGCUAUUCUAAAAACAAGAACUAGAAAAGAACUUAGAGAUCCUUUAGUCCAACUCCCUUAUUUUGAAGAUAAGGAAACUGAAGCCCAGAGAAUUUAAAGGAUAUGUCCAAGGACAAAAGGCUGGCUUUCUCUAUCUAUCUCUCCUCUGUCUCUGUCUUCUCCCUCUCUUUCUUUCCUCUCUUCUCUUCACUUCUCUCUUCUCUCUCUCUCUGAACAAAAGUAGCUUCCAGCUUUUCCUCAGCUCUGUCUAGAGUAGUACCAAUCACCAUGAUUUAAUACCAAAAUGUUCUGUCUAAGCAAACUAUGCCUUAUAAAGAAAAUUAUUAAAAGAAAAUAUGUGAAUAGACAGUGUCUGUAAGCAGUUUAGCAGAAUCAACCAAUCUUUCUGUCAUGACUGACAGUGUACACAGUACUCAAUACCCAUAGUUCCUCAUUUCUGCAAAACUGGAAGAAAAAUAAUUUUUUUUUCAAAUGGUUCUUCCAAGCUAAGUAGCUAAGCAUUACUACUACCUGCUACAAGCUCUACCUUUUACCAAUGGUCCAUGAUCCUCUGGUUUUGAGGAUGCUGAAAUCAAAUGAGGCCAUUAGCCUCUCCCUGGCUACUCUGAGGACCAGAAGAAAUUCCAUGUCUUUUUGACCUUUUCAAGUUGGAUACAUUUAGGUUCAAAAAGAAUAAAAAAAACUUCAGAAUUGGAAUGUCCCUCAGAGGCUGUCUAUUUUUUUUUUUUUAAAUAACCAAACAACCCAUGUCUCAAAGUGGUCAUCCAAACUCUUUGAAGAACUUCAAUGAGAAGAACCUACUAUAUCACAAAGGGUACCAUUUUACUUUUUAAUUCUCCACUGCAUGGACUCCUGCCUCUUUCUAGUCUAUGUUUCUCUGUCUCUCUCUCUCACAUUACUACUCUCCCUGUACUCUUUAUUGAAUAAAAGAGGGGAAAACCGAAAGGCCAACACCAGGAAAUGAAAGAAAGUAAGACAAAAGGGAUUGCCCUUUUCUUUUUUCUUCAUAACCCUAUCCCCAUCAGCCUUAUCACUGCUCUAAUUCUCACUUCUUUUCUAGUCCUCAAAAUGUGCACUUGGUAGGAAUUCAGGAAUGAAGUUUAAAGGUCUCUUGAGUAUGUGAACCUUUAAAAUUCAUGUGACCUGCAACUACUCAUCUUUUCUAGAUGGACUUCAAAGGACUAUUGGUCAUAGUUCAUAGUUUAGGAAAUAUUUCUUUGAAGCCAGCUGGCACUAAUUCUCAUGAGGGUCAAGUGAAAGAAGGGAGAUAAGAAGGGCAGGCAUAUCCAAAGGACUUGAUCGUACCUAUUCCUCAAUCUCCCAUCCUCUUACUGUUAAAGAACAAAAGUGAUGGAUUAUACAUAAAACUAAAAAGUCUUUGCACAAAGGAAAUUGACACAAUAGAAUAAGGGAAGUAGCAAAAACAUCUUUAAAUUGAGCAUUUCUGAUAAGGGUUUGAGUCUAACAUACAUCCUAUUUCUCUUCUGCUUUUUGUAGCUAAACUCCUCAAAAAGUCAGUCUAUGAUAGGUGCCACCACUUUCUUUCAUCUCAUGUUCUUAACUCCUUAAAAUCUGGCUUUCUUUAAAAAUGAAUGUUAAAAAUUGUCUUUACAUAUAACUGAAAAAGAUAAAAUAUUAUUUUAAAGAAUAUUUGUCAACCUGACAUGUUUCAUUUUUUUUAAAACUCUGGCUAUUUCAUUUCUGCUCUCUCAUUUCACGAUCUCUCAUUUUCCUUUUUUUUUUUAAUUUAAUUUUAUUUAAUAAUAACUUUGUAUUGACAGAAUCCAUGCCAGGAUAAUUUUUACACAGCAUUAUCCCUUGCAAUCACUUAUGUUUCGUUUUUUUCCCCUCCCUCCCUCUUCCCCCCCCCCCCCAAGAUGGCAAGCAGUCCCAAAUAUGUUAAAUAUGUUGCAGUAUAUCCUAGAUACAAUACACAUUUGCAGAACCGAACAGUUCUCCCGCUGCACAGGGAGAAUUGGAUUCAGAAGGUAAAAAUAACUCAGGAAGAAAAUCAAAAAUCAAAUAGUUCACAUUCAUUUCCCAGUAUUCCUUCUUUGGGUGUAGCUGUUUCUGUCCAUCAUUUAUCCAAUGAAACUCAGUUAAGUCUCUUUGUCAGAGAAAUCCAUUUCCAUCAGAAUACAUCCUCAUACAAUAUCGUUGUCGAAGUGUAUAAUGAUCUCCUGGUUCUGCUCAUCUCACUUAGCAUCAGUCCAUGUAGGUCUCUCCAAGCCUCUCUGUAUUCAUCCUGCUGGUCAUUCCUUACAGAGCAAUAAUAUUCCAUAACAUUCAUAUACCACAAUUUACCUAGCCAUUCUCCAAUUGAUGGGCAUCCAUUCAUUUUCCAGUUUCUAGCCACUACAAACAGGGCUGCUACAAACAUUUUGGCACAUACAGGUCCCUUUCCCUUUUUUAGUAUCUCUUUGGGGUAUAAGCCCAAUAGAAACACUGCUGGAUCAAAGGGUAUGCACAGUUUGAUAACUUUUUGGGCAUAAUUCCAGAUUGCUCUCCAGAAUGGCUGGAUUCGUUCACAACUCCACCAACAAUGCAUCAGUGUCCCCGUUUUCCCGCAUCCCCUCCAACAUUCAUCAUUAUUUUUUCCUGUCAUCUUAGCCAAUCUGACAGGUGUGUAGUGAUAUCUCAGAGUUGUCUUAAUUUGCAUUUCUCUGAUCAAUAGUGAUUUGGAACACUCUUUCAUGUGAGUGGUAAUAGUUUCAAUUUCUUCAUCUGAAAAUUGUCUGUUCAUAUCCUUUGACCAUUUACGAUCUCUCAUUUUCCAAUUCAUUUUGUUGCCAAGAUUGGUUGAUUUCACUUUUGCAAAAUCUCUCAAAUACAUCUUUCUCUCCUCUGACAUUGCUACUACUUUAGUACAGGCCCUUCUCACCUUGCCCCAGGGCUAUUGUAACAUCUGAUGGGUCUGCCUGUCUCAAGUCUUCUCACUCCAAUCCAUUCUCCAGUCACUUAAGUGAUUUUCCUAAAAUGCAAGUCUAAUGAUAUCAUUUCCCCUACUCAAUAAACUCCUGUGGCUUCUGAUUGUCUCCAGAAGUAAUUACUUAAUGAUAUUUGACAUUUAAAACCCUUCAUUAAUCUAGCCUUUUCCUUACUCUUGUAGUUUUACACCUUUCUCCCCAAGAGAUACUUUGAUCCAGUAAGGAGACUGGCCUCUUGGCUGUUCCAUGAAUAAGGCACCCUUCAUCUCAGCUCCAAACAUUCUCUCUGGCUAUCUCCCAUUCCAAAAAUGUUCUCUCUCUUCUGCUCCAUCUACUUGACUAUCCUAGCUUACUUUAAGGACUAACUAAAAUCGAACUGGAAGCUUUCCUUAAUCCCUCUUGAUUCUAGCGCUUUCCCUCUUUUAAUUAUGUCCAUUUAUUUUGUAUAAAGCUUGCUUGCUGUUUAGAACUUUGCUGGCAUGUUAUCUCCCCCAUGAGAAUGUAAGUUCCUUGAGGAUAGGGAUUGAUUUUUGCCCCUUUAAAUAUCCACAGAGCUUAGCACAAUUCCUGGCACACAGUUGGCUCUUAAAUGUUUUUGAUUAUGAUGAUCUCAGAGUUCUGGAGUGUUUCUUUCUACCUGCAUUUUCAAUUUACCAAGUUACUGGAAGGCACACAAUGUCACUAGACCACUGGCUGUGAGCUGAGGGAGAGAAGCCAGAUCGAGGAUGGCUUCAGCUCUCCCUAAAAGGAAAGCCCUGGUGCUGCUGGCACCUGCUAUGUUAUUAGGGAGGAACUUUCUAGGGAGCUCUUUCAUUAAUUGCUCAUCUAAUUGAGGGUUAAUUAACUGCCAAUUUAUAUCAAGAGCUUGACAAUGCCUUGAGGGUAUCUAUUCCCUUUCACUGUGAGUUGCCCUCUGGAAAGAGAAUUCAGAUAGAGAUGACCCAGAGUUCUAACAAUAGUGUCCCGCAUCACACCUCUCCCCACCCACGCACGGAUUCGAAUGCACACCCACAUUCUGACAAACACACAAACACCACCACACACACUGACCUGGAUACGGAAAAACACAGAUACACCGAGAGAUAUUGACGGACACGUGCUAAAAAGCGGAAAGACCCGAACCACCUGCACGAGGUACCGAGGUACCGACUACACAAACUAGGCGAAGGCGCUGAUAGCUCUACACAAACACUCAGACCCACACUUAACACACGUGUGCAUUGCAUUAGAAACACACUCAUCUACACUGGUGAACACAUGCAUAAGUACACAGCAUGAGGAUAGUGGGUGGCACUCCUACAGGCACGCUUGCCAGGCACAAACUCACGGCAGACAAACGACAAACACACACUCACACAUCUGCCUGGCUCCCAGUCCCAAAGUUGGCCUCGAAUCUCCUCCGUCCAGCUUCUAGUCUCAACCCUAGUUCUGCCCCUGGAGCCCGGCUGCCGCAUUUCAGCACCAGACCAGAUUGGCAGCUAGGCUGGGGGCCUGGAGAUGCGCGAGGAUGCGUAGGGCGCAGGGAGUGGGGGGGGGGCGCUAAGUGGCGCGAGGCUUCGAAGGGAGAGAGGCUGGAGUGGAGUGGGGAACACACGGGAGGGGCCCGAGAGCGUGAGGCUGCAAAGGGAGCAGGGGAAGCUCUCCAGGCGCAAGAAAGGGAGCUGGGGUGGCGCUGGAGAGGCGGCAAGGAGAGCAAAAAGGAUGCGGGAGGGGCGUGAGAGGUGCGAGGCUUAGAGACGCAUGGGAGGGGCCCUGGAGGCGCGAAGAAGCGAGGGGAAUAGACAGGGCGCAGAAAGGGUCCGAGAGGCUCGAGGCAGUGAGGGGCCCAGGAGGGCGCGAAGCUCUGUCAGGGCCUGGCGGGAGAGGCACACUGGUACAUGUCUCGGUUCUCGGCUUCCUGGCAUUGUAUAAAAACCCACUGUGUCCAGGUCGGGGUCGCGGCGCCGGGGCCAUGGCCAGCUAGAGCCUGGCGGCAGGCUCACGGAGCCAGGGAAGGAAGGGUUAAGCCCACCGAGCUCCCGCGGCGGUGCAGCCUAGAGUGGCGGCGGCUGGGGCUGCAGCGGAGGCUGGGCCAGGCGGAGCAGGAGAAAGGGGGGGAGGUGAGGAAAGGGGGAAGUAUGGAGAGGAGGGGGGACGGCGGCGGGGCCGGGCCGGGCCGGGCGGGGACAGGAUGCCGAGGGGGAACUUCCUGUUCCCCCAGCCCCCCGCCCCCCGCCCCCGGCCCGGUCCCGCUGCCGCCUCCUCCACCCCAGCCCCGGUGCCAGCCCUGGUCCCCGCCCCGGCUCCCACUCUCCACGUCGGGGACAGACGGGGACCAGCCGCCCGCAGCCCAGCCCGGGGAAGCAGCCGAAGCCGGGGGGAGCCGGGGGGAGCCCGCAGCCCGAGCCGCAGCUGCCCGUCCCCCCUCCUCUCGCCGAGCUCCCUGGAAACUCAACUUGACCUCCAAGAUGGAGCAAGGGGAUGAAGCAUGUGUGCUGGACCUUCGGUGCUCUGAGGACAGGGAUAUCCCGCAAGGAGUUCAUUCAGGAAUUGGGAGUGAGAAUGAGGAAGAAGAGGAGGAGGGGAAUGACAGCCCACAGCCGGUCUUGGCCACUACUCCAUCCGGGGAUGGUGAAGAGGAAGAGGAGGAACCUGAGCUACGGCAACCACGGUUGCUUCGUGGUGUAGGGGCUGGUCGGGGUCGGGGCCGGAAGCUGGCGCCCCCUGCUCCCUUAACCCCUGCCCGCGGCUAUGAAAAGCUUAAGGAGCUGAUGGUUUUGCCUCCGAUGGCAGCAUCAGUCGCAGCCCCUCCUAGUCCUGGCAGUGGGGAGCCCCAGAUACCACCUCGGAAACGCCGGCGGCGGAGCCGCGACCGGCCCACUAUUUGUGGGGAAUGUGGGAAGGGCUUCAGCCGAAGCACCGAUCUAGUCAGGCACCAGGUGACGCACACAGGUGAGCGGCCCCACCGCUGUGGAGAGUGUGGCAAGGGCUUCUCACAGCACUCCAAUUUGGUCACACACCAGCGCAUCCACACGGGCGAGAAGCCCUACGGCUGUGCGUACUGCACCAAACGCUUCGGGGAGAGCUCCGCCCUGAUUCAGCACCAGCGCACGCACACAGGUGAGCGGCCCUACGCCUGUGCGGACUGCGGCAAGCGCUUCAGCGUCUCCUCCAACCUGCUUCGCCACCGGCGUACCCACUCAGGGGAGCGGCCCUAUACAUGCGCAGACUGCGGCGAGGGUUUCCGCCACAAAGCUCAGGCCCGGCGACACCAGCGGCAGCUCCACGGGGGAGGCGGUGGCAGCGGGUUGGGGUUAACAGGACCUUCCCUGGGGCCCGGAGAGUCUGGGCCACAGUUGGUGGAUGAAGGGGGGAUAGGGGACAUUGGGGAAGGGGGCAAGGGUAGCCCUGAUGAUCAAAGAAGCUGA